AAACACGAACCUGCAGAAACCUCCAUCUCACAUAUUUUCUCUCUUUCUACGUUCGUACACAUCAAUGCGCCGAACAUUCACCCGUUUGCUUCUUAAAACCUCAUGGGUCCCUCGUCUACGGCUGCCACAUUCGCCACUGCUACAGUUAUCAUGUCGUCUUCUCACAACUACCGCAUCCCGGUGUGCGAAAAAGAGGAGGAACACGACCCCACCACCGCCGCCUUCGCCGCCAGCGGAACCCCUACCGCCCCUCCAGCUCCGUUCUUACCAAGAGGAAUGUAUCGAAUCUGUGCUCCAGCACGUCAAUGAAGGGCACCGACGCAUGGGAGUUUCUCUCGCCACUGGCAGCGGUAAAACCGUGAUCUUUACCCAGCUAAUAUCGCGGCUGUCGCACCCUGAGCGGCCGGAGGAAGCAACACAAACCUUAAUCCUGGCGCAUAGAACCGAACUUGUCCAGCAGGCGGCGGAACAAUGUCGGCGGCAGUAUCCAAAUGCAACGAUCGAAAUCGAGAUGGCGUCGGCACAUUCUUCGGGCAUGGCAGAUAUUACGGUGGCCUCCAUUGCGAGCAUUACUAGUGGCGACCGACUGCUGAAAUUUGAUCCGACCAAGUUCAAACUUAUCUUGAUCGACGAGGCGCACCAUGCCGUUGCGGCAAGGUAUAUGGCCACAUUGGAUCAUUUUGGCGUGCUGCAUAUGGAUGAGGGAAAGAGAGCGGACAAGCCAGUGGUUGUAGGCGUGUCGGCAACCCUGGCGAGGAAUGAUGGGCUUGCGCUGGCAAAGGUGUUGGAUUACAUUGUUUACCACCGCGACUAUGUCGACAUGAUCGAAGACAACUGGUUAUCACAGGUGAAGUUCACGACGGUCAAGACGAAUGUGGAUUUAUCGCGGGUGAAGGGCACUGGUGGGGAUUUUGCAGUGGGAGAACUUUCAAAGGCAGUGAAUACCGAGACGACGAAUGAAAUCACCGUACGGUCGUGGCUGGAAAAGGCGCAGGAGAGGAAAUCAACCAUCGUUUUUUGCGUCGAUAUUGCGCAUGUCGAGGAGCUUACGGCGAAGUUCCGACAGUGCGGUAUCAAUGCCCACCCGGUUACUAGCAAUACUCCGCCGCAGGAUCGACGCGAAAGGCUGGAUGCUUUCCGCAAGGGGGAGUACCAGGUCCUGGUCAACUGUGGUGUUUUCACCGAAGGAACGGAUAUCCCCAACAUCGACUGUGUUCUACUAGCACGGCCUACUAAGUCCCGCAACCUCCUCGUACAGAUGAUUGGCCGCGGAAUGCGACUCCAUCCAGGCAAGAAGGACUGCCACAUCAUCGACAUGGUUGGCAGCGUCGAGCGGGGGAUAGUAACAGUGCCCACUCUCCUCGGCUUAGACCCCGACGAGAUCCUUGAGGGCGAGAGCAUUGAGCAAGCAAAAGAGCGCAUCAGUUCCGCGCCCGCAAAGAAUGUUCACACGCAGGACGACCGCCCAGCUACCGUAACUUUCGACGACUACCCAGAUGUGUUCUCUCUCCUGGCCGACAGUCAUCAAGAUAAGCAUGUCCGACGGAUCUCGCAGCUUGCCUGGGUGGCAAUAAGCGGGCACACCCAAAUUCUUUCACUCCGUGGCGGCCACAUUAAGAUAUCACCCGUGUACCCCACGCCCGGCUCCACCUCCGAUCCCACCUUCAUUGUAACCGAAACUAUCGCCCUUCCGAUCGAACUGACUAAAGGCCGCAAAGAUGUCCCGUUCGCCAAGCCACGUCUUCUUGCUGAAGCCCCAAACAUCGACGCAGCUGUGCGCGCGGCCGACACGUAUGCACUGAGCAAGUAUCCGCGAUCCCUCCUUAUCCACGCGGCUCCCUGGCGCAGCGCCCCCGCCACCGAGGGACAACUCAAGAUCUUGAGCAAAAUGAAACUCGAGAAAUCACUCGAUGGGAUCACGAAGGGAAAGGCGGGUGAUAUGAUCACACGGAUGAAACAUGGCGGCAUGGCGAGGUGGAACAUGAUCGAGAAGGAGCGUCGCAGGGUCGAGAGGGAGAACGAACGUGACGAGAAACUCCGCGCGCGCGGAAGGGUCGAGGUCGGCGCGCUGCUCAAACAUACCCCCGACUCGGAAACACCGAAGAAACAGAAGAAACCGGCCAAGGAGGAUAAUAGCAUGGAUUUUUCCCCUGUUUUCACCGCCGGAGGGUUUUCGAACAUCGACGUAACAGAAACACUUGAGGAAGCGUUAGGAUUGCCCGCGCACAGCAAGAGCGACGAGAAGAAGAAGAAGAGGGUGGUGAAGCUACAGGAGGGGCAGCAGGAGACAAUAGUGGGGAAGGAGACGAAGGCGAUGUUGGAAAGGGCGAAUGCUGAGUGGAGCACGGCGGGGUCGAUGGAUAAUUUGACGCGUGUAGUGUAAUAGAUUUGUACAUUGGAGUUUGACCGCUGGAACGGGUGUGCAAUUACUUAUGUAUCUCCCCGGGUGGGAGGCAGUCUCAGAGGUGUCGAAUUUCUCAGGAUGAAUAGCACGAGAUUACGGAUCGAAAC